AUAUUCUCCCUACUGCGCAGCCUCUAAAUCUCGGGAUAUAAAAAGAAGCAAGUUUAGACAGACGGUCAACGUCGUGUUGAGAAGGAACACUUCAGUUGACGUUGGUGGUGCUAUAGUAUUCGGCCAACCUGAUGACGUUGACGAAGCCAGAUCGAGGCUGGGCAUGGGUCGUCAUGUUCGCCGCUUGUGUAGCGCAAGGCCUACAGAGCGGCAUCUGCUACACAGUCGGAAUAAUUCAAGUAGCCUUGCAGAAGAGGUUCAACAGUAGUGUAGCUUUCACGUCGUGGGCUAAUGGAAUCUUUAUAUUCUUUAUAUCCUCAGCGGGUGUGAUCGGAAGCGUCAUUAUCAGCAGAUACAAUUGUCGCACGGCGUUACUGGUGGGUUCGGCGAUGAUGACGUCAGGUCUGGCUGCGAGUGCUGUUGUGGAGUCUAUAGAGCUAAUCUUUGUGACGUAUGGCGUCAUUACAGGUGUCGGCGCCGGUAUAGUGUACACGGCUACCGUGGUAGUCGUGGGUCUGAACUUCGAAGAGAAAAGGAGUAUGGCGACUGGUGUAGCAGCGAGCGGGGCCGGCGUUGGUAUAUUUAUUUUCCCGCCAUUAUUUCAGCUAGCACGGAGUAACUACGGUGACAAAGGUUUCUUUUUAAUAAUGGCAUGUGUUGCUUUAAACAUCAGUGUAUUUGGAUGCCUUUGUUUUCCGACCACACUUGAGAAAAACAAUCAGACAUGUGCAUUAAAUUCAUCUUCAAAGUAUCUAUCGAGAAGUAAACGUAUUUGUAAUCGAUUUCAUUUGUUUCGUCAUGUGCCUUUCCUAUGCAUUUGCCUGAGUUUGUUAGCUAGUCACCUCGGAAUUAAUUUGAUCUAUGUACACCUCACGAAUUAUUCAAUAUCGAGGGGAUCGACUGAUAUCCAGGCGUCACUUCUAACCUCUGUUAUCGGCUUCACAGGAAGUCUAGGGAGACUUUGUAUCGGAUUCACUGGAAAUGUAGACAAUAUCUAUAACAUGGUGCUAUAUUUUGGUACAUUUGGAAUGCUCGGGACAGCAACAGUACUGUUUCAACUGUACAGUGCUACCUAUACAGGACAGAUGAUAUAUGCCGUUCUUUUCGGAACCUACUCCGGUUGUUGUUAUGUUUUACUAAACAGCAUUACUCCAGAACUAGUGGGAGUCAACAACCUGGCACUGGCCAUCGGGAUCGAGAUGCUCUUCGCUGGAAUAGGUAGCUUAAUAGGAGCCCUUAUGGCAGGUGUUAUCGUUGAUAAUGGAGGAACAUACGAAAGUGCAUUCACACUGGCUGGUUUCUCUGUCCUUAUGGCUGCGGUAUUUGUACUAUCCGCGGAGGCCUUCCGCUACAAUAGUCAGCCGGAGAAGAAACACAAUUCCCCUGAAGAAGAAGCCUUUAACAUAGACGACACGAAAUGUAAUACCGAACGCAAUGUUUCAAUUCUAUCUGUUAUACAUACACAACCACCAUUAAAACCGUAA